AGUCUGGGUGCUCUCAGGCAUCCGGCCACAGUCACGCCACACACUGUCAGCAGGCUUGUCCCUGCAGCCGCCGUGCUUAUCCUAGGCCGUAUGCUAAUCUAUCUGGUGCCGAUAAGGGAGCAGCGUGCUCUACUCACUUAUCUGGCCCUGCCUCUGUGCCCUUCGCCGGCAAGCUCUUUCUGAGGGUCCUGCCACGCCGGAAGCGCGAUGAUUGACCGGCUGCCCCGGAAGGGCUCCUUCCUCUGCUCCAGCCUCAUUUUUUGGCUGCUGCUCAGCCUCGUCCAAGACGGGUCUCCUCCCGCCCCCCACGGCCCCUGGCGGCCCCCCCAGGGCCCCGUGGGCAUCCCCGGCCGCUGUCUGCGCUCCCUCCGGUGGGCCCCAAUCCCGCUGGGCCUGGGCUUGGCCUACCUGGCCUACCUACGCAGCCUGAGGAGGAGGAAGGCACAGGAGGAGGGCACACAGCCCGUGGCCUCCGACCUCCAGGUCAGCUUCUACCGGAUGCUGCCCCUGCGCAUGGCCUCCCGCUGGUGGGGCUGGGCCAACGACAUUGCCCUGCCCGUGUGGUUGAGGGGGCCCGUACUGGGCCUCUUCGCCUGGGCCUUCGGCUGCGACCUUGAGGAGGCCCAGGACGGGGAGCUGCGACACUACCGCAACCUGGGCGAGUUCUUCCGCCGGGCCCUCAAGCCAGGGCUCAGGCCGGUCUGCCCGGGGGACUGCGUGGUGAGCCCAGCAGACGGCAGGGUGCUGCAUUUUGGCCGCAUUGAGAAAGGCUUUGCUGAGCAGGUGAAGGGCAUCACCUACUCCCUGCAGAGGUUCCUCGGUCCACACCCCUGGGACCCCCACUGCCUGCACACCAACGGGGAGGAGGAGUACCAGCAGAAGCUACUGCAGCAGGAAGGCACGGAGCUGUACCACUGCGUGGUGUACCUGGCCCCCGGGGACUACCACCGCUUCCACUCCCCUGUCCAGUGGGAAGUCCAGCACAGGAGGCACUUCCCAGGCACCCUGCUGAGCGUGCGCCCCGGCGUGGUGAACUGGAUAGCGGGCCUGUUCAACAUGAACGAGCGGGUAGUGUACAUGGGCCACUGGCAGCACGGCUUCUUCAGCAUGACCGCUGUCGGGGCCACCAACGUCGGCUCCAUCAAGGUCUACUUUGACAGCAACCUCGUGACCAACCGGCGUCGGUACCGGCGGCACGACUUCGACGACCAGUGCUUCCAGUCGAACCACAACGAGGCGGGAGUGCGGCUGGACAAGGGGGACCCCUUUGGGGAGUUCAACCUGGGCUCCACGGUGGUGCUCAUCUUCGAGGCACCUAAGGACUUUGCCCUGGAGCUGGAAGAAGGGCAGCACAUCCGCUACGGGCAGCUGGUGGGGAGGCCGAAGGGUGCCCACUGACGCAUCCACAAAGCUAGUCCCCCAAAGGACAACGCACUGUCGUCCCCGGAGGUCGUGGUUGACCGGUGACCAGGGUUCUGCUCUCGUUUCCCUCGUGUUUUUGACACCGAUGUGGUGAGAAGCGCCAUGCAGUGUAGUCUAGAGGAGGAGACAUUGUCGGACAUCGUCUCGUUGUCCCUGCCAAAGUGAAGUGGCUGCCGGAAACCGAGGCGAACAUGAAGGUGUAGCUCUCGUUUCCUUCGUGUUUUUGAUACCAAGGUGGCAAGAGACACCGUCCAUCGAAGGCUAAAGGUAGAGACAUUGUCAGACGCGCUCUUUAGUCAUUCGUUUCACUAUUGCGUUGCGAAGGGGACAAGUUCCCGGCUCCUUUCUAACUGCGGACAAGAGAUGGUCGGCAGAAACGGGCGAGUACGGAGAGGCGUUCGUAGCUCUUGUUCAUAUUUUUUUCUCUUAUCUUUUAUAUGGAAGCGGUGAGAGGUGCCAUGCUCCGGAGACCAAAGGAAUUGUCAGUCGUGCGCUUUAGACGUCUGCAUCAUUAGGUUGUUCCAGCCGAAAAGAGGUGGUUGGCAGAAACCAAGGCGAGCAUGAAACUCUUUUCUCAUAUCUUUCGAGCCAGAAAAGCUACGCGUCGACUCAAUCGCUGAGGCUAUCUGGAAGGCCGGUGACCCCUCGGUUGGUGCCGUCUAGCUUCGAGUGGGGGUAGGGGUUGCAUCGCACUGCCACAGUCGGACCAGCUGCGUGUCAUCCUCUCAAGGGCCGCUCUUCCAAGAAGCCAGAAUUGCCUCUGUGCCGUAAAGCAAUGCGCACGUCGUAUGCUGGCUCGUGAGGCAUCAGUACAAGUGUUCGCUGCAAUGACGGGGACAACUCGCCGCACGACACUCAUUAUCCAGAUAGGUUUUACGGCAUCGUCGGCUUCCACCGAAAUCUGGUCUUUGCCUCCCCCCAGUCUUUGGAGGGAGGCAGUCGCGCUCCGUCUUUUCAUCCGGUAGCUGGGACAUUUUUAUACAGCGGAACGAGGCCCGAUAUCUUGCUUCUUGCUCAAGAGGGGAGCAAAGAUUAAUUUUCCUGGUUUUCAGCACGUGGGGUUGUUGGCUUUUGCACCAGGGCUGUAGAAGUUGGGGUUGAGUAAGGAGGGGAGACACCCACUCUUUCUCUCCGGGGGUCUGUGAUAUGCCGAGGCAUUUUUUUGUCGUCCCUUUCCGUUAUUGGAGGUUUUGUUUUGCCGUGUCGCUAGUUGGCUUCCCGGUUAUGAGGUGCUGCCGUCGCUCUCCCGCUUGAGGGAACGACUCUCUUUCUCUUCACGUCGUACCUGGUUGUACCGUGUUGUUCGUUAUUUAUGUACUCGUCUCGUUCGGCUCUCCAAAUGUGCGACGGGCUGUGUCGCGGUGGCGUUGUCGGGAUCGGUUGGAACUCCGGGGGAUGUGCGUUUAAUCCAUUUGAGAGAAGUUGAACAUUGAGCGAGAUAAAUUGGCGAGUUCAAACCGCAAGGCUUAGUCCUGCUCUGUCGCCACGAGGCAGCAGUUCAUCUUGCUCUCGAGCUGGGGACGGGAACAAAGUGGCACAUUCUUUUUGUGGCGAGGACUGGAGUUAUCGAUCCUUUCAAAAAUCCGAGGUCCUAUUCAUUUUUGCUUCCUUUAAAUAUAUCAUUUGAUGUUCCCAUUGCCAUGUGCUAGCUGGCUCGAGUCAGCGAAUCUUUAAUGAGUGACAAUCGUGCAGGGUAUUUUUUGCGCAUAUGUUUCAAAAGUUAUGAAUCGGGGAAUUGUGAUGUUCCUGCUGUUUUAGAGAACACUUUUUUGCGUUUGCUCGCAUUUUUAAUCUAGGAAAAGUCAACGAGAGCCUGGUGAAAGGUUGUCUUUGCUUCGUUUGCCGACGCCGCGGCGGACCUCGGGUUGAGAACAGUCUUCGCGGCAGGAUAUUUGUCGACAGAUCAUCUUGCUAUGGUCGAAGGCUUUCCACGGAUGGCCAAACACCUGCAGCUGUAAAGUGCCUGUUCACCGAUGCAUGCCGGGGGGGGUGCUGACCGGCUGUGCCGGCAAGGCAUCUUUCCCGGGUGAAUGCCUCGGCACACCUGCGGCAAUUCCUCAGGAGGGCGGGGAACUAGGGAAAGUGUUGUACCGUGUAGGGACAAGCUUUUGGCUCCUUUUAAGAUUGUCCUAAUAAACAAAUACUUUCUGUA